CAAUGGACAUGAGUUUGAGUAAGCUCCGGGAGUUGGUGAUGGACAGGAAGGUCUGGCGUGCUGCGGUCCCUUGGGUCACAAAGAGUCGGACGUGACUGAGCAACUGAACUGAACUGAGGUAUAGUUACCCAGGAAGUAAUGUUUGCAAACAGGUGUCCAAGGGGAGGGAAACAGGGAGCUCUGCUCCAGCCAGGCUCUGUGGCCAUGCCCACCUGCUCCCACACAUCGCAGGGUGUGGGCGGCUCACCCCGCCUCUCUGAAGUGCUGUGGGCUCCCAGGAGGCAGCGGUGGUCCUCUCCACUGCCAGGCUCGGGCACAGGAUGGGUCUGUGGACAGCCCACACGCUCUGGCCUGUGCUGAUUGCAUGAGGCCCUUGGAAGAGGGUGUGUCUGUUAGCUACUGCUGUGUAACAAGCAAUCUCAGGCCAGCAACUUAAAACCACAUCUUCUUGUAUCUGAAGGGUCUCGCGGCCAACCUGGCAGGACUGCUGCUCUGGGCUCGCUCUAUGGCGGGUUGGGGGGUGGUAGGCUCAGCCAGGAGGCCCUGUGUCUCCUCCCCUUGCUGCAGACCAGCCCAGGCUUGUUCUCAUGCUACCGCAGAGCCCACGGGAGAGCAGGCAGGAGCACACCGUCCUGCGGCUGAGCCCCGCAUGGUGUCGCUGUCGCCUCAGGUGGCCAAGGCCAGUUACGGGGCAUGUUCCCUCCUUCACAGGCAUUGUGGCACAGAGGAUGGAGGUUCAGGUGGGGGUGCAGAGUCGGUCACUUUUGCGUUUGGUUUUCCAGCGGGUGGGCGGGCGGGGAGCACGGCUUCCUUGCCCCAUGUAAGCAGAGGGUUGGGUGGCCAGGCCUCGGUGCUCAGGGACUACUGACCUGUGGGAUGGGCCUUCAGCCAGAUGCUGGGACGAUAGUCUAGCUUCACUGCAAGCUUCAGUGAGCCAGGCCCGUGCCUCAGGCGACUGUGCAGCCGGCAUACAGGGUUUGUUGAAUGACUGAGUGACCUUCGCCCUGGAGCGUGUAGCCCAGCAGUUCCAGAGCCACCACCGCCUCAGGUGCCAGCCUCAUCCAGGCUGGGGCAGGGGUGGUAUCUCCACUUCGGGGAGCACGCGCCCUUGCCUGCCGGUGGAGCUGGUGGAUGCAGAGACCUCGAGGCCUGUCCCCUCCAUGGAGGCCACCUUCCCUCGAGGCCUGUCCCCUCCAUGGAGGCCGCCUUCCCUCGAGGCCUGUCCCCUCCAUGGAGGCAUCUUCCCUCGAGGCCUGUCCCCUCCAUGGAGGCAUCUUCCCUCGAGGCCUGUCCCCUCCAUGGAGGCGCCUUCCCUGCUCCCGGCCGAGCGGAGAUGUGUCGCCAUGGAAACUGCUUGGCAGACACGCCAGCAGGCAGAGGCGGCAAACAGCAGCUCAGGCGCCUGUCGGAGUGAGGGUGGCGGGGACGGCGUGAGCAAGCAUGCUCGGCUGUGUGUGUGCCCGUGUGUGCACAGCCUGAGCACCCUGUGUGUGGAGGGGCAUGUGUACAGCACGCUGGGAGUGAGUGCAAGCGUGCAUAUGCGUGCGUGUGUGUGCCUGGAGGCCAGCAUGUCCGUGUGGAUGUGCUUGGAGCGCCGUGUGCGGCAGGGACGCGAGCUGUGUACAGGGGUGUGCAUGCCGGGCUGUGACGCGUGGCAGUGCACCCGCCUGGGCUGAGCGCUCACUAUGGGCUGGGCGUUGCACUAGCCGCUCAGGGGAACACACCACCCCCAGCGUGCUCUCACGGCCGGAGACAGACUGAGCAGGCGCCGGCAGGCCCGGAGGCCCAGCGCCAGGUGGAGCCGGGCCUCGUGGGUCCUCAACUCCCGGUCUGUGAGCGGGGAGCCCGCGUGGCCACCAUGCGUGGCACCCAGGAAGGCUGCAGACGAGCCGGUGGCCAGGCCCUGGGCGGUGCAUGAGCUGCCCUGGCGAGGCCAGGCCCAUCAUGCUGCAGUGCCGGCCGGCCGAGGAGUUCAGCUUUGGGCCCCGGGCCCUGAAGGACGCGCUGCUGUCUACUGACCCCGCCCUGCAGCAGCUCUACGCAGCUGCCUUCUCCCCUGCCGAGAGGCUCUUCCUGGCUGAGGCCUACAACCCCCAGAGGACGCUCUUCGGCACGCUGCUCAUCCGCACGGCCUUCGACUGGCUCCUUAGCCGCCCCGAGGCCCCUGAGGACUUCCAGACCUUCCAUGCCGCCCUGCCGCCCCGGAAGCAGAGCCUCGCUCGAAAGCACAUUUACCUGCAGCCCAUAGGUCUGAGCGAGGGUCCAGCGGGCAGCGCGCUUCUGGACCAGCUGCGAAGCUGCACGGAGGCCUUCUUCCUGGGCCUGCAGGUCAGAUGCCUGCCCUCGGUGGCGGCCGCCUCCAUCCACUGCUCGUCCCGCCCUGGUCAGGACCCUGACAGGCUCCAGCUCCACACCGACGGCAUCCUGUCCUUCCUGAAGAGCAGCAAGCCGGGGGACGCUCUGUGUGUGCUGGGCCUCACGCUGUCCGACCUGUACCCGCACGAGGCCUGGACCUUCACCUUCGGCACGUUCCUUCCGGGGCACGAGGUGGGCGUCUGCAGCUUUGCCCGGUUCUCGGGGGAGUUCCUGCCGCGAGGGCCCAGCACACCUGACCUGGCGGAGGUGGAGGCGGCCGCAGAUGGCCCCGAGGUGCCCCUGCAGGAUGGAGGCCAGGCCGUGUGCUUCAGCGCCCUGGGGAUGGUCCAGUGCUGCAAGGUCACGUGCCACGAGCUGUGUCACCUCCUGGGCCUGGGGAACUGCCGCUGGCUCCGGUGCCUCAUGCAGGGCGCGCUGCGCGUGGACGAGGCCCUGCGCCGGCCCCUGGACCUCUGCCCCAUCUGCCUGCGCAAGCUGCAGCACCUGCUGGGCUUCAGGCUGGUGGACAGGUACAAGAGACUCUACGCCUGGACACAAGCGGCAGCAGGGACGCAGCCGAGCCCAGCGGCGGUGGGGGAACCGUCUGUGUCGGAGGACACCCUUCCCUGCAGUGCAGACUCGGGGCUGUGUUGUGAGAGCGACUCGGAGCCGGGCAGCAGCCUGUCGGAGCCCCUGUCUCCCGAUGCCUGGAGCCAGGCCUUCCCCGCGGGCCUCGAGCUGGAUGCCGAGGAUGGGCUGGGCUCCCUGGCAGCCGCGGAGGGUCUGGGGGAGGCCCUGGCAGAGCACGGGCGCUGGCUAGCCGCCUGCAUCCAGGCCCUGGAGAGGGAAGUGAGCGAGAGGGAGCUGGAGCGGGUGGACGGCGCCGUGGACGCGCUGGCCCCCUGGGACCUGUUCACGGGGCGGCUCCCGGCCCCCCGGCAGGACCCGCCCUGUGGCCGCGAUGGUGCGGGGCUGCGCAGGGUCCUGGGGGACACGUUCUCCUCCCUCCGGAGGAGGCUGAGCGCUCGCAGGCCGUCCAGGGCCGAGUCGUCCCCCCGGCACCAGAAGGCGGAGGACGACUAGCACGGCCAGUGUGGCUUGUCCAGCGCCUACCUGUCCCCAGACACCACUGCCCGGCUGCCAGGGCGCCGCAGGCCUGGCAGGGGCAAGAGGGACGGUGGCUCGGGAAGCAGAGGGUGAUGCAGCUGCAUCCGCAAUCCCGAACGUGGCCUCACGACGUGGCCGGCAGGGAGGGUGUCCUGGGCACCUGGAGGGCCAUCCUCGGGCCCACCCGACGUGGGUGGAGCGGCAGGUACUCACUUCUCAUGCAGCCCGGGUCUCCGCUACUGCAAACUCAGCUUCCAGAGCCCGCACGCGGGGUCUCCACUCAGAGGGGAAGUCAGGGCCGUUGCGUUUCUCUCUACACUGACCACCCCCCACCACCCCCUGCCACGAGCCCAUAGAAAGGGUCCUCUGCUGCGGUCUAACUGCAUCCUGACCCUUGACACUUGCCGUGGGCGUCUCCCUGAAGCUCGGGGUGGUCACCACCUCUACGGGACCCUGUGCCCACAGACCUGCUGUUUCCUUUGCCAACUCUUGGGUGGGGAAGGUCCCAGGUGUGGCGGGAUGGUGUGGCCCCGCUGGGGCCUGCAGAGGUGAGAGCAGACCGUAGCUCCGUCCUCGGGACAGCUGGACACAGGAGGCCUGGACCCCACAUCUGCGAGGGCAGGGGGGUUAGGGUUUUGUUCAGAACAUGCGUGUCUGUUUUUUGGUCUAGUUCUGCCAGUUGCUGAGAGAACAAGCGAUUUAGAUGUUAAAACGCCCACCGUGCCAGUAGAGGCAUCUGUUUGCUUUCAA